AUGUCGAACGUUUGGCAGAAUAUCGCUUUCACUAUUACUCUACAAUUUAUUGGUGACUUGCGCCAUUCACUCCUUUUACACCUUGUCACUUUGCACCAUGUGUUCUCCUUCUUCAAAGUUUAUUACGGUCUCCUAAGCCCGUCGGGCAGAUAUAGAAUAGGUAUCGGCACAUCCUUAAGGAGAUAUCAGAUUCACCAGAGGCAAUUCCAUCCACAACAAGAAGAACAGAUUGGCAAACGGCCCGGUAUCAAAGAUGACUUCGACUCGGCAAGGAGCUGCCACAAUGACACAUACCCUACAACGCCUGUCCCGUCCAAUACUGGCCCCCUCUCUGCCCUCAACGGGACGGUGCCAGCGUCGGCGAUAGUCGACUACAUCCGAUCUUUCACGAACCUUCCGCGAACGGUAAGAGGACGACGCGAAUCGCUCAGGACACAGUUUCACACACCGACUUCGUCUGUAUUAUAG